CACAACAGACAAGAUGAAGAUUCUCCUGUUGGUGUCCGUGGCGGCCCUCGCUCUGGCCGCCCCCGAAGGACCUCGCCACACCUACAGCCCCGCCCCUCGAUACCACUCCACCCCAAGCUACACGCCCGCCCCUCGAUACCACCCCACCCCAAGCUACACGCCCGCCCCAACCUACACCCCUGCCCCAACCUACACCCCUGCCCCGGCCUACGCCCCGCCCGCCUCCUACAGGCCCGCUCCUUCAUAUGAGGCUCCUCCCAAGUACGACUUUAACUGGGUCGUGAAGGACGACUACUCCGGCAACGACUACGGCCACCAGGAGUCCCGCGAUGGUUACAACACACAGGGAUCCUACUACGUGCAGCUUCCCGACGGUCGCCUGCAGAAGGUCACCUACCACGUGGACGGCGACUCAGGCUACGUGGCCGAGGUCACUUAUGAGGGACAGGCUCAAUACCAAGCCUACCAGCCUUCCUACCAUCCUACACCUUCCUACCGUCCUUCACCAGCAUACCAGCCUACCCCUUCAUACCACACCACACCUGCUUACAGGCCUGCACCUACUUACAGACCCACACCUGCAUAUUCACCUACCCCUGUGUAUGGUUAGGUAUAUUCUAGUAUACUCUUGCACUCUAUGGUGACUUCGGCUAUGAUCUUCAAGUAAUAUACCAGAACACAAGUAUAUCUUUGGAUAGAAUGGAUAUACUCUAAGCUUUAUGUGUACUUGGGAGUAUAUCUCGUGUGUUAGACUUUGGAAAAUGGGAAAUGAAAUGCUAUGUCAGUGUGCACAGCAAGUGUUAAUUUAUUUUACCAAAUGCUUUUAACUAUUCCAUAUGUUGAGAAUUCAUAAACAUUUAUACGUCUGUUUUUUUAUGCUUAAAAAAUAUGAAAUAGA